AUGCCCAUGCCCAUGGAUCGCGAGCGCCGUCUGUCGCGGUUUACAGCCAAACUACUGCGCCGGUCUUCCUCGUCUUCCGCAAACUUUGUUGCGCCUAACUCUUCGAACCCGAACUCCAACACAACUAGCACCAACAUUACCACUGCCAACAUUAUUGCUGCCAGGAACAGCAGCAACAGCAACAGUACCACCUCUGUCAAUCUCAAUAAGCCUAAUGCCCAUACGGCGGCCCAUACAACGACCCAUACGGCGUCCCAUACGGGCUCCAUCACCCCUCCUCCCUCGGCACGCAUCCCCGAAGACGACCAGCUGCAGCUCCAGCAGCUUCAAUUGCAACCCCAGCCUCCGCACCGUGCUUUCUCUUCCAAUUCCCCCUGUGAACCCUCCCUUGGCUCCUCGUUCAAAAGCCCGACUAAUGACAGCUCCAACAUUCUCUCCCAGCUAACCCCCAGGAGGCUGCAGAGUGGGGACGAAACUCGAACCCUUUCCAUCAGGUCAACAACUAUUCAGCACCAAAAUCAAGAUCCGAAUCUCGCUCAUGACCCACUGCGUCAAUCAACCCUGGAUAAAGAAAACGAUGAGGUAGCAGAUGAACACGUCAACCAACUCCCAGCUGUCAGUUUCCCCGUUUCCGCUGCUGUCGACGCAGACCACGAGGCAGGAGGAUCCUCCGACCGCUCCUCGUCGAGCAGCUCUCGUGCUCUGGACCCAAAAGAAGACCGCCUCCCAUUCCGUGCCCUGGAAGAAUUCUCAUUCUCCAGAUCUUCUUCCUCUGCAAAGGGAAAAAGCUCCAUAUUUCGGUCUUCUCGACAACCCCUCCCUCUCGCGUCUGCAGCAUCCUCUCCGUCUCUCAACGUCGUUGAUGAGUCUCGUCAACAACAAAAUAUCUCCGUAUCAUCCGCCACAUCUUCCAAAACUACUACCACUGUGAAACCUGUUCCACGACCUAGCAUUGCCGUCCGUCGUCAGUCCCUCGUUCCUUCUUCCCAACAACGCCUGAUCAGCACCCUCCUCGAACCGUCUUCCUUUGGUGGUGGAGACUACUUCUCCGGAGGUCUUCCCGCCAUCCAUCGCGAGAUGAUCAACCGUAAGAUAUGGGUUCGACGGCCCAAUUCCUCACCGACAUUGGUCACAGUUACAGAGGAUGAUCUAGUGGAUGAUCUGCGCGACGUCAUCUUGAAAAAAUACAGCAACUCCCUUGGUCGCACCUUUGACUCUCCAGACAUCAUUAUAAAACUCGUUCCCCGAGAACUGACGAGUCGACCAAGCUCCCAGGAACGUGUGCUUGGUCCGGAGGAACCCGUCGGACGCACAUUGGACACUUUCUACCCCGGAGGACAGACCGUAGACGAAGCAUUGAUUAUUGAUGUUUCUCAGCGCCGCACACCAAAACCUUCGCCCAGACAACACAAUAUAGGAUGUCAACUUGAUGAACUACGUCCAGCGGAAUUUGGAGAUUACUUCCCUCCGAUGCCAAUGGUUCCCGCAUCUAAUCCUUCUGGAUCCGCCUCGAAUGCAAGUAUACCUAGCUCCCAUCAUGGCCCCGUACCUUCCAUGUCCGUGAUUACAACCGGACAACUGCCUCCCCUUCCCUCCCCGGGGAGCCAUCUCUCCUGGCACCCACACCAACAUCAACAUCGUCCCAAAUAUGGCCGUCAGCAUACUCCCCCGCCUCCUAUCAUAUCUACAUCUACAAAUGCCAGUGUGACAGCAAAUCCAUCUCCACCCCGUACUGCUUCCCCACACCCAAUCCAAAAAUUGCGGAAACCUAAAAAAACCAUCAACUCCUCUUUCCAUACGACUCUGUUAGAUGGCACAGUACCUCCCAUUAACGUUCUAAUUGUGGAAGAUAACAUUAUCAACCUCAAACUCCUGGAAGCAUUCAUGAAACGACUCAAGGUGCGGUGGGCAACCGCAAUGAACGGGCGUGAGGCAGUUAACAAAUGGCGCGCCGGGGGAUUCCAUUUGGUCCUGAUGGAUAUUCAAUUGCCCAUAAUGGGUGGUCUUGAAGCUACGAAGGAAAUCAGGAGAUAUGAACGGCUUAACAACAUUGGAGUUUUCUCGAGGACCGUUUCUGGCCAGUCGUUGAAGGGCUCAUCGGUAUCGGGGCGGAACUUAUCUGGCAAAGCUGGAAAUAAUAAUCAUCUCCUCGAACCCCUGAGACCGGAGGAUAAAUUGGAAAAUCCAGAAGCGUUUAAGAGUCCUGUUAUCAUCGUUGCGCUGACGGCUAGCAGUUUGCAGAGUGAUCGAAAUGAAGCUCUAGCUGCGGGCUGCAAUGAUUUCCUAACAAAGCCCGUCAAUAUCGUCUGGCUAGAACAAAAAGUUACCGAAUGGGGAUGCAUGCAGGCCCUCAUCGACUUUGAAGGAUGGCGCAAAUGGCGAAAGUUUGACGAGCAACAGAAUCCACAUCAUGAUCCCGUGGCAACAACGACAAUAUCAACAACAACCACAACACCUGAACUCGCCAAUGCCGGGAAGCCGGAAACCGCCGUCCAACAAAGGAAAUCACAGCCAAAUAUCGCCACGAGCGGGAACGGGAAGGUCAUCGCCAGCCCUAGCACUAGUAACAACAGCAACGGCAACGGCAAUGGUAACGGCAAUAGCAAUGUUGUCGCAGGUAUAGCCCGAGAUGGAGGUGGGAGCCUGGUCAGUUCCAAAUCCGUGCCCGCUCCCGGGAAGGAGAUUGGUUGCAAUAGCAGCCUUGAAGGCUCUUCGUCCAUGAUUGCCCCCAACGGUUCUUCGCUGCUGGAAGCAAGUGGAAGCCCAAGCGCAAGGAGUGCGUCUGGCUCUUCGAAUGUGUCGGCAUCAACUGAUGCCAAAAAGGGGAAUCGGAGUAGGGCGAGGUCAACGCCUAGAUCUCCGAAUAUUUAA